UUCAACGUCUCAACAACGUGUGUCCUCGCUGACACUUUACACGUGUGCCUCAACCCCUUAAAGAUAUUCCUCCAUAGUGGGGGCAGCGAUCUGACUGCAGUGUUGGAGGUACUGGAAGUUGAUUGACUCUAAUGAAGGGACUCUGACAAGACGGACAUCAUGUUCAAAGCUUCUUCUCUGCUACUGCUGACCCUGGUCCUAUGUGUUCAGCUAUGCUCAUCGGCACCGAUACCUGCCAAAGUUGGUAAGUCCUCUGGACCAGGACCAGGACCAGGGGAACUUGCACCAGUAGCUAAAGGCCAGAGUAACUUGACUAAGGUGAAAAAAACAGUUCAGAAGAAAGUCAUUCCAGCUGUUGCACCUAAAGCAGCUCCACCUCCUGUGGAACCACCUGCUGCAGAAGACAUUCCAGUUAUUGCAAAAGAACCAGAACCAAUUGUAAUCGAAGAUCAGGUCUCUGAUGCCCCUCAGGAGCCUUUGGCUGCAGUGGAGGAGAAAACUGUCCCUGAAGAAGUCGCCCUAACAGACGUCUCUCCAGAUGAAGCCACAGAAGAAGUUGCCCCAGCUGCUGCUGUAAAGAGUGAAGAGCAAUAUGUGGAGGAUCCAGCUCCAGAAGCACCGAUCCCAGUCAUUCCUUUAGAAACAUCAGAAGAUGAAGCUCCAGAGGCAGAAGAUGAAGCUACAGAGGCAGAAGGUGUAGCUCCAGAGGCAGAAGUUGAAGCUCCAGAUGAAAAUGUAGAAGAAGAAACUGCUGUUGCUGCAGAGGGUGCUGCAGAAAACACAUCCCCAGAACAGCAGGAUCUGGAGGAUCCAGCUCCAGCAGUACCAAUCCCCUUUAUCCCUGUAGAGGCCCCAGAAGAUGAAGCAUCAGAGAAGGAUGCUGUAGAAGAAGGUGCUCCAGAAGAACCUUUACUUAUAGAAGUCGAACCUGCUCUGCCAGAAGAAGAGGAAUCUGUUGUCCUCGUCGUUGCAGAAGUUGAACUUGAGACAGAAGAGGCAGGUGAAGGUGAACCUGCUGCAGAGGAAACAGCCCCAGAAGAACCUGCUGUCAUUGUUCCCGUGGAACCUGCUGAAGAGGAGCCAGAUCAAGAGGAACCAGAGGAAACAGUCCUUAUAGUUUCUUUAGAAACAGAAGAGGAGGAAGCAGUUGUUCCAGUGGUCCUGGAAGAAAAUUCUGAAGUGGAUCCUGCAACAUAUGAAGAACCCAUUCCCAGUACGUUGGAUGAAGAGGAAUCUGUUGCCCUCCUUCCUGUACAGCUUGAGACUGAAGAGGAAGGUCAAUUGGAAACUGCUGCAGAGGAAACAGCACCAGAGGAGUCAGCCCCAGAGGAACCUGCUGUCGUCGUCCCUGCGGUACCUGCUGAAGAGGAGCCGGAUCAAGAGGAUGAAGAAGAAACAGUCUCCAUUAUUUCUUCAGAAACAAAAGACGAGGAAGCUGCAGAGGAACAUGCACAAGAAGAAGAAGCAGCUCCUCCUGAAGUUCUGGAAGAAAAUGCGGAAGUGGAUCCUGUUACGAAUGAAGAACCCAUUCCCAGUACGUUAGAAGAAGAGGAAUAUGAUGCCCUCCUUCCUGUAGAGCUUGAGACCGAAGAGGAAGGUGAGGUGGAACCUGCUGCAGAGGAAACAGCACCAGAGGAGUCCGCGCCAGAGGAACCUGCUGUCAUCGUUCCUUUGGAGCCUGUUGAAGAGGAGCCAGAGCUGGAAGAAGUUACAGAAGAAUCAGUCGAGGUAGUUUCCCCAGAAGAGCCAGACGAAGAAGCUCCAGAGGAGGAUGCAGAAGAAGAAGCUGCAGAGGUUCCUGUCCCAAUAGUCCCAGAAGAAGAUGUAGAAGAGGACCCUGCUACAAAUGAAGAGCCUCUACCUGAUGUACCAGAAGAAGAUGAAUCUGUUUUCCUUGACACAGAAGAAGAAGCUCAGGAGGAAGAGGCUGCAGAGGAAAUCGCCCCAGAAGACCCUGCUGUCGUUGUUGUGAAACCCACCAGCGAAGAACCAGCUCCAGAAGACCCAAGCCUUAUCACCCCCCUGGAAGAUCCAGAAGAAGAUGCUCCAGAGAACAACACAGAGGAAGAAGUUGUCCAAUCAGAUCCUGUCCCAACGGAAACAGCCCUGGAUGAGGACACAGCAGGUGACAGCGAUACAGAAAUACUUGUCACACCUGUCACUGAGAUCCUAUCUGAGAAUGACACCAUAGAUGCAGCACUGGAUCCGGUUGAGGAAGUCCCAGUAGCUGCAACAGAUGCUCCCGCUGCAACAGAGAUCUUAACUGAAGCCCCAGUUGAACCUGACACAGCUCCUCCUGCCCCAGCUGUCUCCGAGGAAGAAGUCUUUGCGGCUCCUCUGGAAGGUGGUGAUGGCACCAGCAUAGAGACGCACAGUGAUGAUUCUGAAGCUACAGCUAUAUUAGUCGAAGAUGAACCUGCAGGUCUGUUGAACAGAGGGGCAGUGCUCGGUGCAGCAUUCUUCACACUGAUGUGUUUUAUCGUAUUCGGGAUUGCCUGGACAACCAUAGCUAAGAAAUUGCGCUGAAUGAAAGACAUUGGAGUAAAUAUCGAACAGACAAAUGAAAUAGCUGUUUGAUCAUACGUGCAGAAACUGAAGCACUGUGCUGAACAAGUUUCAAGGCAUUGUAUCUUUGCUGAAGAAAGCCUCCAGUUCUCCAAGUUUUGGACAGCAAGAAAAUCACGAUAAUACCGGAAACCAGUGAUGGAGGAGGUAAUAGAUAGUCUACUUCAGUAACAGGAGUAAUACCCCAAUAUAAAAAAAAUAGUAUAUAAGUCCUAUUCAUGAUUUACUUAAGAAGAAAUAUGGAGCUAUCAUCAGCAAAAGAUAUGCCUAAAGGUAACAGUAUUCUGCAGCAGAAUGCCGCCUGAUGCACUGAUGUGUAAGCAGCAUUUCCUGUUGGCUGAACUGGAGCUAAUAUGACCUAUUUUAUAUACUUUGGGUAGAUUAAAGUUUUGUUAACAUUUAGUGUGUCUCACCAGAAUGCAUUAUGUGUAUCCUUGCAUGUGUAUAUGCUAGUAGCCAUCUUAUUCACUGGCAAAUUUUCUUGUUACCAUCAAGUACUGUGGAAUGUGUAUCGUAUUGCCCGUGUCCUCUUGCACCAACACCAUACAGACAAAGCAAGGACCCGCUUGUACAAAACAUUGUUCUAUAGUGCUACUAGUGGUCAAACGCUCCAUAAGAUACCUUUAAGCUCAAUCUUAAAACACACUUUUCUCCUACCACUUAGCCCUUACCCCCUCACGUUCGUGAGUUCACGUCUAGGGUGUCCCAAUUCCUGUUGGACUAGAGGGGCAGGGUGAAGUGUUUGGGCUACAUGGCCCACGGAAAAGAGGAUUUUCAGAGGCAUGCUUCAAGCCGAGUGUUAUAAGACAUCAUGAGCAAGAUAGCUGUGUGAGCAGCAAAAGAAACCCACAAAUGUAUUUUUUGUCAAUAAAGGUUUAAAAAUGUAUAACUGUUUUAUCUUAGUUUAAUGUAAUUUUAGUGUAAUAUGGCCCUUUUCUAAAUAACAAGCAAAAUGAAAAAAUAUCGCUGCCAGUGUGCUGACGUUUCAGUAGCUGACUAGUUAGCUAGUUAACGUUACAUUGUCAUUGCUGAUUUGUGCAUGACAGUCCUUUUGACAUAUUUCCAUGUGGCAUUCCCCCCUUUGAAGAAAUAUGAAGCCUGACAUUUAACUAAGUUGCUGCACUUGUUAUUGCUCCUUAAUAUCAGUGCAGACUGGAAGGGCAAGAGCACCACUGGUGGCCUGGUAAUGACACAAUGUUCUUUUUUAUCUGAUGAAUUCUUUGAUUGAUCUAUAGAGUGAAACUUGCUGUGAGUGAAUCACGAAUGUCAAUGCUUUUCUAUCUCCAGACUGAUGGUAAAUGUCAUUGUGAUAAUACUAUUAUUGUCACCGUCACGUCUGUUUACGUAAACGCCACCAAUGACUAAUGAUGACUUAUCAGGGUCUUGAAGGGUUUUCCCAUUUCAUGAGGGAAGAUUUCACCCACUGCCCCUUUUAUCUCUGUUCCACGGGGCAACGGGACACAUGAAAACGAGGGCUGGGGUAAAAAUAAGUUAUGGGAUUUAUGAAAGUGCAUCAUGUUGUACAGGCUUAUCAUAGGUUUGGUAUCAAAAAUCCUACAGUCCAGUUGUCAAAUAAAUGUAGUGGAGUAAAACGUUCAUCAUCAGGGUGGUCAUGCUCUGUAAUAUGAAGUGUACAUGUUUAUGAAUGUUCUGAUUUAUCUGAGUGAUUGUGUUUUGAUUUUUAAAUGUAUAAAUACUGAAAACUUUAAUGCACUUGUAACUUUACUUGUCAAGCUUUUUUGGUUGUGGAUCAUUAAAGACAAGGUCAGAGCGGG